AGGACACGAGGUGACCUUAUACUGGCAUUUCGUAUCUUUAAUUAUGAUUUGGGUGUUAAUAUGUCUUAUCUUUUUGCUCCCUCCAGCACUAAUAAUCUCCGCGGUCAUAGCAAGAAGGUUCAUAAACCGAGAUCUAAUAAACUUAAAGUGGGGUCCCGUUUUUCUCAUCGAGUAGUCAAUCAUUGGAACGCCUUACCCGAACAAGUAGUAUCAGCCCCAUCAGUGAAUAAUUUCAAGGAGAAGCUGGACCUUCACUGGAAAGCAGUGCGUCAGGAUUAAUACAGGUUCAUCAACCUACUAUCCUUAUUACUGAAGACUGAAGACUAGUUUACACUGGAACGUCGAGAGGAUAUUGAAAGCUGAACAGUGACCCUAAAGUCAGGUUGUAGCCGUUUUUUUGACCUUGUCUAACACCGUAUAGUAUUUGGGUGUUUAUUACGAAAAUAGUGUGAGAAAUAACCAAAAACGCGAAAAAAUUAAAAUUGAGCGUAUUUUUGGUCUUAUUAUUUUUUUAAAAACAUGUAAUACCUUACUUAUUUAUACUUGCUCGGUAAAUUGCCUUUCAGUAAAAGUCUAGACAUGAACAAGUACAAAUCCAACCAACCCUUCGAUUCAAUGGUUAGCACCGGUUCUUGUUGACCAAAUGGCCAGUUUUAUGCAAUAAAUAUAUAGGUUGACUAUAUUUAGGUGGAUUCUUCGGAUGUGUAUCGUUUUGUUGUGGAUUGUUCAAAUAUAAUAAUCCUCAAAACUCUAUUGCUCUGGUUAACACUUAGUUAAGAACCGGAGUACCUACUAAAAUAGCUUUAUCCGAGCUUUGAGAACUGCUGGCCGGGUUAUAUCGGAUGUUAUCACCACCCAGUAUGUCACAGGUAAUGCUAAUCUAUUAUUGGUAGUUCAGAGUAAUUGUGUAUUGAAUGAGGCGGUUGUUGUGUCACGAGUCUUAUAACAAUACAAAUUCUAAUGAGCCAUUCACUAACGUAAUAGGACGCUGGUUUCUUGAAAAAUAAGUGCUUAUAUUUACGAUAUACAAGUAAUUUUCAAAACAUGGUUAUCGUGGCAAAUUCGCAAUAACCGUUAUGCUGACUGCUAUGAAAAAUAACUUCGGGUUGAAAAAGUCUUGCCGGCAAUCUGUUCGAGUAGCAUGACUCACUACAUUACUUUUCGAACUGGUAAAUCUCUAACCAUCUAUUGACCUAAUCCCUUUCACCCUUUAGUAAAUUUCGAAGUCGUGCUGAUACAUGAUGUCAAUCAAACUGUAAGCCUUUCACUCAUCCUGCUUACGGUGUAAUUAGAAGUCUGAAGAACAAAUCGGGAUUCUAUGGGAUAAGUGCAUCUUAAAGUGGGAGCCUGCUUCUAACAGUUAUAAUUUAGUCGUAAUUUGUGACACCACUUUAUUGGUAUAAAUGUCAUAUCUUAUAUCAGUAACGGAGUUUUCGAUCCUUCAUUUCAGCCGUCUAGUUAUAUCAACGGUGUCUAGUAUGGCAAAAAUUAAUGCUAAACUAACCUAUGAAUCGCCACGCUUCGUACGUUAAAGUGCAAUACAAACCUCCGAUGUUGAUGAUUAUCCCAUAAUAUUUAUUUGGUUACACUCUGCUAAUAUGCGUUUUCUUAUCAUUAUCUGUCGCUAAGUGCUUCUUCGUUGUGAUUCCACAUUAAGUCAUAAGGGAGUCUGGUCGAAGGACUAGUUACAAUGAUUACUUCCCUGUGGGACUAGGUCGCACUAGCUCCAAUUUAAGCAGUGACAAAAAACUCGAGUUCGCAAAUCUGUAACGUCUCGACCUUCUCAUAGAUUUUUACUGAUUGCCCUUGAUCACUUAUCAUGAGAAGUAAUAUUCGCUCAUUUUAAUAGUUUAAUUAAACAUGUGGUUGACGAUAUAGACCGGUGGUACUGACAACUGUUUACUAGUCAAUUAGUAAUAACAGUAAUGGCUUGUAGCAGAUGUUUCAACAAUUGUAGGUUGAUGGUUUUAAACGCACACAAAAAUACUAUACUCGAGAGUCACAAUCAAGACACUUUCUGCAAAUAUUUACUAAGGACACUCAGUAAUUCGCCGGUCAUCCGAUGUGCAGACCGCAAGAAAUACUGUACCACAGAAAUCUGUCUUGUCAAUUGUAUUUAUACGAAGGAAAAAACGUUUUAAAACUUAAUUCUCUAUCAAAAAUGACUUAUCAUGAAAUGUACAGAAGCACUACACUGGGGACUACCCUUCGUGAAGCCCUAGAUGAAAUGCUAGCACAUAAUCUACUACAGCCUGGAAUGGACCACAAGGUUAUGCAGAAGUUCGACCAAUGUAUAAGUAAUGCUUUGGCAAAACGUGUUAAAAACCGUCUUUCGCUUCGUGGUCACCUGAACACUUACAGGAACUGUGACAAUGUAUGGACGUUAGUGAUGAAUGAUGUGGAAAUAAAAGAUUCCUCUGCUAUUAUGACAGUUGAUAAGAUAAAAAUAGUUGCUUGUGAAGGCAAGAAUGCAAAACCAACUUCCUCAAAAAUAUCCGUAUCCUCAGUCAGUGAUCGUUCAAGGUUAGGUGCUGGUAUAGGCGGCGAGGAUAACGAACAACGCGAAGCUUUUGAUUCUGGAGAUGAGAUGGAAUAA